AUGUCUCGACCUCAGGACCGCGUUCAGCAGUAUAUCGGACAGCUCGACAAAGAGCUCUCCAAGUAUCCUGCCCUUGUCAAUCUUGAGAAGCAAACCUCUAUUCCCAAGGCCUAUGCUGCCCUUGGACUGGGGGCGCUAUACUUCUUCCUUAUCGUCUUCAACCUCGGCGGUCAGCUCCUGACCAACGUCGCGGGUUUUAUUAUUCCCGGAUACUAUUCUCUCGAUGCCCUCUUUACUUCCAACAAAGCGGAUGACACGCAGUGGCUGACGUACUGGGUUGUGUUUGCCUUGUUCACCGUCAUUGAGAGCCUUGUCAGCGUUGUCUACUGGUUCCCGUUCUAUUAUACCUUCAAGUUUGUCUUCCUCCUCUGGCUCUCCCUCCCGGCCUUCAAGGGCGCCGACAUCAUCUUCCGCUCCUUCUUGGCCCCGACCCUGGGCCGCUACUUCCAUGGCUCUGGUUCUACCGCUAGCGGACUGCGUGCAAAGGCCGACUCUCUCCACACUGAGUAA